GUUCUCAUCAUCGGCGCCACAUCUAGUAUUGGCAGAGCCCUGAUGAUGAAUUUCGUUGAGAAUGGUGCGAAUGUGGUGAUGGCGGGGAGAAAGGAGAAUUUGGAUGAGUUUGUGCGGAAGGAAAUAUGGGAAAUAAAUGAGAUUAAUUAUGAGACAAAAUAUACAGACCCUUCAUUUGCCACAGAGAUAACCACUCACCCGGAUCUCGACUUCCUCUUCAUCAACUCGGGCGUUCAACGAAUGUUCGAUCUCUCGAAACCCCCCUCUAUCGAUCUGGAUAUUCUCGACACGGAACUUCUCAUGAACUAUACCUCCAACGUGCAUCUGACGCACGCAAUACUUCCUCAUCUGUGGAAUAAAUUCACCCAGACGGCAAUCGCAUACACGACAUCCCAGAUGCCGCUGGUGCCUAUGAUAGGUUGUCCCAAAUAUCGGGUGUCCAAGGCUGGAUUGUAUCAGUUUAUUCUGGGUUUGCGGACGCGGGUUGCGGCUGGGUCGGAACGUGUGAAGGUGGUGGAGGUUUAUCCCCCGGCUGUACAGAGGGAGUUGCGUGGUGCGCAACAUCACGCGGAUUUGAAGGAUGGGCACUUGGUUGGGAUGCCGUUGGGGGAAUUUGUCGAUAAGGUCUGGGAGAGGUUGAGGAGUGGGGAGGAGCAGAUUGCUGUGGGUUCGGCGGGUGGGAUUUAUAAUGUGUUUGAGGUGAAGAUGCAGGAGUUGUAUAGGGAUAUGACGGAGGUGUCGACGGGGUUGUUGAAGGUGUUUUUAAGGUGA